AAGGUUUUUUCACCAGAUUACGAUCUGCUCUCAACUCUGUAUCCAAGCACUCCCUACUUCGCUCCAAAUUCAAUUCGUAACAGAUCAGAGAGAAGAAUUGCGAGGAGGAGCGACUGAAAGAAUACUUCGCAAAAUAUGUUCACACAAUUUGGAGCGACGGCUGAAUCUUUGAGUAAAGCGUCGACGUUGGUGUUCCGGAUCGGUACGGACGCCCAUCUCUACGACGAUCCCGAGGAUGUCAAUAUUGCUCCCCUGCUCGACAGCAAGUUCGAUUCUGAGAAAUGCGAAGCUCUUAAGCGAUUGCUUGCUCUCAUCGCCCAGGGCUUCGAUGUCGCCAGCUUCUUCCCUCAGGUAGUUAAAAAUGUUGCAUCUCAAUCUUUGGAAGUUAAGAAGCUGGUCUACUUGUACCUCCUGCAUUAUGCUGAAAAGCGUCCAAAUGAAGCAUUACUAUCAAUUAAUUGUUUCCAAAAGGACCUGGGUGACCCAAAUCCAUUGGUGAGGGCAUGGGCACUUCGUGCCAUGGCUGGUAUUCGACUUCAUGUAAUUGCACCUCUUGUUCUUGUUGCUGUGGGAAAAUGUGCAAGAGAUCCCUCUGUUUUUGUUAGAAAAUGUGCUGCAAACGCUCUUCCCAAGCUUCAUGAUUUGCGGCUAGAGGAACAUACUUCUGCAAUUGAAGAGAUUGUUGGACUAUUAUUAAAUGACAAUUCCCCUGAAGUUGUUGGGGCUGCAGCUUCUGCAUUUGCUACUGUUUGUCCAAAUAAUUUUCUAUUGCUUGGAAGAAAGUACAAACGGUUGUGUGAGAUUCUUCCUGAUGUGGAAGAAUGGGGUCAGAUAAUCCUAAUUGGGAUCCUUCUGCGGUAUGUGAUUGCAAGGAAUGGACUUGUCAAAGAAUCAAUCAUGUUUUCUUUGUGUCAGGAAAAGGAUUAUGGCUCUGGAAAGACUGUAUCUGAAGAUGAUGAGGCUGACUUUACAGUGAAAGAAGGUGCUGAUGGCUCUGGGAAUCCUUUAUCUGAAUUAGCAAAUAUGAUUUUCCAUUGCUACAUUGAAGGGCCGGAUGAAUAUCUAUCACGGUCAAGUUCUCCAAAUAAGGGUUUUCCUAAAUUAGAUGCAUCUCAAUUUUCAUCUUCCAGGAAUGAUGAGGUGAUGAUCCUGCUGCAGUGUACUUCACCAUUGUUGUGGAGUAAUAACAGUGCUGUAGUACUUGCAGCUGCUGGCGUACAUUGGAUAAUGGCCUCUCAGGAUGAUGUUAAAAAAAUUGUUAAACCACUCUUGUUUGUCCUGCGAUCAUCAUAUGCUUCAAGAUACGUGGUCCUGUGCAAUAUCCAAGUGUUUGCUAAAGCUAUGCCGUCGCUCUUUGUUGCUCACUAUGAAGACUUCUUUAUAUGUUCUUCAGAUUCAUAUCAGAUAAAAGCUCUGAAGCUUGAGAUACUUUCUGCCAUUGCCACAGACUCAUCUGUUUCUUUCAUUCUCAAAGAAUUUCAGGAUUAUAUUAAAGAUCCAGAUAGGAGAUUUGCUGCAGAUACAGUUGCUGCCAUUGGUCUAUGCGCUCAAAGGAUUCCAAAAAUGGCAAAUGCAUGUUUGGAGUGGUUGUUAACUCUGAUAAGACAUGAACUUAUGUCUAGCGGAAUUCAAUCUGUGGUUGGAGAAGACAAUGUGCUAAUUCAGGCUAUCAUAUCCAUUAAAUCAAUCAUAAAACUGGAUGCACCCUGUUAUGAGAAGGUCAUAAUUCAGUUAGUUCGUAGUUUGGAUACAAUCAAGGUUCCUGCUGCUCGUGCUAUGAUUGUUUGGAUGAUGGGGGAGUAUUGCUCUUUAGGUGAGAUAAUCCCAAGGAUGCUGAGUACAGUACUUAAGUAUCUAGCUCGGUGCUUUGCUUCAGAAGCAUUGGAAACAAAGCUUCAGAUACUUAACGCAACGGCAAAGGUCAUGCUAUGCACGAAGAAAGAUGAUAGUGGGUCCUUGCAAAGAGUCUUAAGUUAUGUAGUUGAACUAGCUGAGCAUGACCUGAAUUAUGAUAUUCGUGAUCGGUCAUGUUUUGUAAAGAAACUUUUCUCCUGGAAUCUUGAGUCCCAACAAAUUGAGGAAGAAAAUAACAAAUCACAAAAUAGAGACCUGUCCUAUGCACUUGCUAAAUGCAUUUUUGGUGGGCAGACAAAAACGGUGACAGUAUCAUCUGAACCUAUCAAUUCCCGGUUUUAUCUCCCUGGUUCUCUUUCCCAGAUAGUAUUUCAUGCAGCUCCAGGCUAUGAGCCUCUUCCAAAGCCUUCUAGUCUUCCAUACAAUGAUCUUGAUCAAUAUGAUGGGGUUUCUUCAGGAGAUUCCAAUGAAGAGGAUGAUCCUGAUGCAUCUGGAUCUUUGGGUGAGGAAAGUGCUUCUGAUUACAGUUCUGAACAUUCAUAUACUGGUUCAAGUGAUGUCAGCCAUGGUGACGAGACUGUUUCUGGUAAUCAAAACAGCAAUGCUGAUCCUUUGAUUCAGAUUUCAGACACAGUUAAUGGCAGCAAAAGUCAGAAUGGUGGGUCCCCAGGUACAGCUGAUCUUGGGGACUUGUUGUCUACAAGAGCUCUAGAGUCAUGGUUAGAUGAGCAGCCUGGAUUGUCUUCUGAAAGUACAAGGGAACAAGGUCGAGCCUGCAGAUCUUCAGCUAGAAUAACCAUAGGAAAUAUCAGAAGUCGAGUUAAAACUAAAUGCUAUAUGCUCUUAGAUCCCGCACAUGGAAAUGGAUUGAAGGUCAAUUAUUCAUUUUCAUCUGAGACUUCAAGCAUAUCCCCUCAACUUGUAUGUCUAGAAUUAUUCUUUGAAAAUUGUUCUUUGGAGUCCUUAUCUGAUAUAGUCUUGAUAGAUGAGGAUUCUAGCAAGGGCUCAGAUUCUACAAACCAGACAUCAUCGACUGUUGAAAGUACUUCGAAAACUGAGUUGCCAAAUUUGGUUUCCAUGGAAGAGAUUCCUUCUCUGGAGCCUGGUCAGACAGAAAAGAGGACUCUACAAGUUCACUUCCAUCACCACCUAUUGCCUCGAAAGCUGGCUUUGUUUUGCAGGCAAAAAUUUCCCGUUAAGCUAAGGCCUGAUAUUGGUUACUUUGUGAAACCACUUCCAAUCAGUAUUGAAGAUUUCAGAGAUAAAGAAUCUCAUCUUCGUGGGAUGUUUGAAUAUGUGAGGAGUUGUACGUUCACUAAUCACAUUGAAGACCUGAACAAGGACAGCAGCUCUUUGACGAAGGACAACUUUCUUGUGAUUUGCGAAAGCAUAGCACUAAAGAUGCUCAGCAAUGCAAAUGUUUCCCUCGUAUCUGUGGAUAUGCCUGUUACUACCAACCUUGAUGAUGCAUCUGGUUUGUGCUUGCGUUUUAGCAGUGAGAUCUUGAGCAAUUCCAUGCCAUUGCUUACAGUUAUUGUUGAAGGUAAAUGUUCGGAGCCAUUGAAUGUCUCUAUAAAAGUCAACUGCGAAGAGACUGUGUUUGGCUUGAAUUUCUUAAACAGGGCUGUCAAUUUCUUAGCUGGAGAGGCUCUUACCCAAUCAUGAGUUUGCAAAUUGGAUUGAGAAAACAUCAUUUGAAAAAGAACAGAGUUUUGAAGUGUGGUGUCUCUGGUUAUUUUUGUGAUAAUUCAACUUGUACAUGACUAUAUCUCUUACUUGUUUUUGGGGGUUAACUUAAUUCCAAAAGCAUCCACAUACCUUUCUUUUUUUAUUUAAACUUGUAUGCCAUGGAGGGGACCAUAACCUUUGCGUUUA